AUGCUAGGAGACUUCAAUCUCUACCAUCCACUCUGGCAGGGCACUCAGUAUCGAUACACCGAUGACGACGCCACACAUCUCAUUGACCUCAUGGACGAACACGAACUGGAGCAACUCCUGCCUCCGGGCACCGUGACGUACGAGACCAAUAACGCCAAGACCACCAUCAACCUGAUCUGGGCUACAGACCACGUGCCUAUCCUCACCCAAUUCGACUUCACCCCGGUGAGCAUGCCUCCCGUGGAGCGAAGGGAUUGGGCGUCGUCCGAUUGGGACCUCUUUCUCACGCUCAUAGGAACGCACGAUUGGCAUCUACGCGUGUUAACGGACAAGGAGGGGAUCGACACGGCGUUACAUCACCUGAUUGAGGCAAUCAAUAAGACCGCCAAGCAAGCGACUCCUAUCAAGCAGAUCACCCCCUAUUCCCAACCCGGAUAUACUCCAGAGAUGAUAGACCUCAAGCAUCAUAUCUCACAGUGCCGACAAUACACCCACUAA